UUGAAGAAGAUAUAAUUAAAAUUGCUGGUAGUGAAACACCACCAAUAAAAGAACAAUUAAAUGAUUAUCAUUCAAAUAAUUUUGAGCAUGAUGAUAAUAUUUUAUUACAUAUCGAUGAUGAUGGAGACGAAGAAAAUGAAGAAGGAGGAGAAGAAGAGUCAUAUAGAAAACAAUAUGUACAUGUAUAA